AUGGACGUUGCAACUAGAUGGAAUUCUAGCUUCCAUAUGAUUGAGCGGUAUCUAGAGCAGCAGGCAGCCAUCUUUGCCACUUUACUGCACAAAGAUGUCAAGAAAAACAUUGCAGAUGUAGUCACUCUGUCGGAUACAGACAAUCAAAAUCUCGAAGCAGCAUUAAAAAUCCUUGGACCAAUCAACACGGCUACAAAUCUGCUAUGUUCAGACAGCAGCCCAACUGUAUCACUGAUACAUCCCAUGAAAGAGAUGCUUUUGGUCCAAAUGAAGAUUAUGCCAGGAGACAAUGCUUUCGUCAAAGCCGUCAAAGAUGCCAUUGUGAAAAAUCUCCUGCCAAGGUACACAGAGCCAGAUCUACUUGACAUGCUGCAUGUAGCUGCUGCCCUAGAUCCUAGGUUCAAAUCUCUGCCAUACAUUCCGGAAGGAGACAGAAAUGACAUCUCCAAGUCUAUGAGCAAAAAGGCAAUGGCCAUUGAUAGUAUGCAGAGUGAUGUGAAAGUUAAAGAUGAGCCAAGCAGUCCAGAGGACAGUUCAACUGGGACAGCUGUAAUGCCUGCCUUACCAGCUCUUGAAGCACUACGAAGCCAACCCCUUGAUCAGCCAGAAGAACCUGAAGAAGAACCAGCUAUGAAGAAGCCCAGAUUGUCACCGGAGCUAAAGCCCAGAUUGUCACCAGAGCCAAAUUCCUCUGAAAAUGCUCUAGAGAGUUUGUUUGGUGAUGUGUUUGUCACAUGUGUUGAGCCUGCAAAAUCUCUAGACCAGAGGGUUGACAGUGAAAUUGCAGACUAUGAGAAGGAGCCUGUGGUAUCCUUAAAGUCAGAUCCACUCCAGUGGUGGAAAGAGAGAGCUGGUCACUAUCCUAUCCUCUCCAAGCUCGCUAGCAGCUAUUUGGUCAUCCCAGCAACAUCUGUUGCUAGUGAACGGGUUUUCUCAACUGCUGGGGACAUUGUGAAUGCACAGAGGGGCACACUGAGCAGUGACAAUGUGGACAUGCUAAUUUUUUGAAAAAAAAAUCUUAAGAUUUCUGACCUAAAUGA